AAGACGCUGGGGCCCACCCGGAAUGGAGCCCUGGGAGAGGAAUGCGGAGAAUUCCACAGCACGUGGGCGGUUGGUGGCAGCUUCGGCUCAGUCCUGCGAGAGGAGACCUGGUCCCAGAGAGCAGCUCCAGGACAACCUCCAGGGGACAGUGAUGGACCAGGCUGCCACGCGGGACUCCGACAGGAGCCCAGAGCGGUGCUGCUCGACCUCACAUCCUCCCGGCUGCGUGGAGGGCCCCUGGAGCUGGUCCCAAUCUGUUUCCUUCUAUUCUUCGACAGGAAGCUCCAGGAGAGCCGGCCCCCACCCCACCCCGCCCCUGCACGCCUGCCCUUCCCCGCGAUGGACAGAGCCUGCACUGAGUGGCUGCCCGCCGGCCACACAGCCAGCUGACAUGGGCACCCGCAGAGCCGCGCCGCUGCGCUGGGCCAUCCUGGGCUUGCUGAUGCUCCGAGGCCACAACUCCCAGCCCAUGACAACUCCGACUUCUCAGGGAACCCUCAGCAGUCAGAGUCUGGUCACAGAGCCGACUUCUCCAACCACAGGAAACAAAUCUUCCUCAGAGCCUGGCACCCCUAAGCUUCUUUUGUCCAGCACCAGAACCCCAGCACCUACACAGAAGGCCUCACCUGGCCCUCUGGUGUCGAGUAAGGCUGGAACACCUAGGGCAAGCACCGAGGAUGGGCACGCCCUGUCCCUGCUGGGCCUGACCCAAUCCCAGCCGCAGAGGAGCACAUCAGAACUUGAAUCAUCUCAAAAUGCUACUCCCAAUGCAAUCACCAUGAGCCUGAGGACAAGGGGAGACUUGACCAUCCUGCCCAGCCCCACGUCAGAAACGGUGCUCACUGUGGCUGCCUUUGGUGUCAUCAGCUUCAUCGUCAUCCUGGUGGUGGUAGUGAUUGUCCUAGUGGCUGUGGUCAGUCUCAGGUUUAAAUGUCGGAAGAACAAGGAUGCUGAAGACCCCCAGAAGCCAGGGAGUUCGGGGCUAUCUGAAAGCUGCUCCACUGCCAAUGGAGAGAAACACAGCAUCACUCUCAUUUCCAUGAAGAACAUCAACAUGAAUAACAGCAAAGCCUGCCCCUCAGCGGAGAAGGUUCUUUAAAAGUGACUUUGGCGUCCCUAUGGGUCCAAGGAUGAUGCAGCUGCUCUGAGGAGGAAAAAAUGAGAUUGGUGGGGGCAGUGAACCACACAUAAAUUAUUUUAUUGUUUCAUGUCUGCUCCCUGAUUAAAGGACUCUGGCGUUCCUCCAGUCUGGGAGCAAGCUUCCCAUAUAAGAACCUCCUUCCCACAAGGACAGCCAUUCCAGUCACGGCCGCCUGCUCAGAAUCACAGGACAGAGAGUCUGUGGAGCAAGAGCGAGGCAGAUGCAGAGAUGGACUGAUCCUUUCUACUUGCAUUAAAAUUAUUUUCUGGGGCUGGGGAUGUAGCUCAGCAGCACAGCACCUGCCUGGCAAGUGCAAGGUCCUGAGUUUGAGUCCCAGUACCAAAAGAAUAAAAUAAAAUAAUUUUCUGGCCUGUAA